GAGGCUCUGAGCUGUUAUUUGGCUCUCAAACUGAAACCUUCCUCAGCAAGAUGUUUCCAAUCAUUCUGAUCGUGAUUUUGGGUUUUCUGAGUCAGGAGUCGUUUGCCCAGGAUUUUCUGAAUCAGGCUGAUAAAUCCAAGUCUGUCAGUGUUGGAGGGACUGUGAGCAUCAGCGCCACAGGGAGUCCAAAUAUUGGUGCUGUUCUCAGUUGGUACCUCCAGAAACCUGGCCAGCCUCCCAAACUUAUGAUAUUAGGUGCAUCAAGACUGUUCUCAGGAACUCCAUCUCGAUUCAGGGGCAGUAGAUCUGGUUCUCACUACACCUUAACCAUCAGUGGUGUUCAGGCUGAAGAUGCUGGAGAUUAUUACUGUCUGGGUAAUCAUGGUGAUCUGUCGGUCAACACAGCACAAACCACAGCCACCAUGACUCUCCUCACCAUCCUCAUCUGGACACUGUUCUGCUGCUGCUUCAAAGGGUGCAGCGGUCAGGUGACUGUGACUCAGACUGCUGUAGUCACAUCUUCUCCUGGCUCUACUGUCAGUCUGACCUGUACAACAAACCCAAAGGUCUACACAUGGUCAGAUGAUGAUAGUGAAGUAAACUGGUAUCAGCAGAAAUCUGGACAAGCUCCUAAGUUGGUGAUCAAGCGUGGUCAAAAUCCCACAGAUGAGUUUUCUCCUCGGUUUUCUGGUAAAGGAGAUGGAGUGAACGCAGAAAUGACCAUAAGGGGAGUUCAGGCUGAAGAUGCAGCAGUUUACUACUGUCAGAGUUACCAUUACAUAAACAGAUCAGAUGGCAGUCCAUCUGUGACCCAGUCUCCUGAAUCAAAGUCUGCUGCUCUGGGGGACACAGUCUCUCUGAGCUGUACUGCCAGUUCGGGAGUUGAUGAUGAUCUCAGCUGGUACCUGCAGAAACCUGGACAGCCUCCCAAACUGCUGUUUUAUAAGAUCAGCACCCGUGAAUCUGCUCCGAGUCAUUUCAGCAGCAGCGGAUCUGAGCCUGAAUUCACGUUAGAAAUCCGUGGAGUGAAGGCUGAUGAUGCUGGGGUUUACUACUGUCUGGGAGUGCAUGGCGGCCCAUGGUCAGGCUCCAGGCUUUGGAUGACGGGGCUCUGUCCACUCAGAGUGGCCUCACAGCUCACUGAGCCCGCCCUCCGCCAGUGCUCUGCAGAGAGGCUCAGCGUGCUGCUGCGGCUGUAG